UGAUGAGAAAAAUGAAAACUUCAAGAUUGAUUGCAUACAUAUCGGGAUUUUAUACAUUGGUGAUAGGAAUCAUUAUGGUAUUGCUGUCAACUUUCUCAAUCGUAGCUUUCAAUUGCACAUAUCAAGAAUCGAUGAAAGAAUCGCCAAUCAGUUACAUGUUUCAUCUGUUUUACUAUCGUUCGCAUCUAUGCGAUCCAUUUAUAGAUUGGUCAAGUUUAGGAGUUAACAUGACGUCAUUAACUGAACCCGAAAUGCCAAACGAGACAGAAUCAGUCACACGGACGUUUCACAUCUCAGUUCUUCAACUUUCUGUUAAUUGUUUGCUUGUCAUAACUUCAACAGUAAUGUUGGUCUCAACACGUUACAAUUGGUUGUGUGGGACACGCCGAUGGAGUUAUUGGAUUUAUUUUGCACCUUUAAGUUUAAUCUUCUUUGCAACAAAUUUCAUUGAUAUGAUCACUGGGUGGUACUUCAGUAUUGACAGAUUUAGAGCAUAUUCAAGUGAUGGAACGAUGACAAUGUUAGAAAUUACAAAUCGAGCAGAAGCUCGUCCGGUUAUUGAUCAAAUUGAUCCUUCAUAUCGAACUCUUCCACCAAACAUUAUGCUUUAUGUUUCAUUGAAAGGAAUUGCUGGCAUCUUCAUAAACAUCGUAGUGUUGUUCUUUGUUACAUUAACUGGGUGGGAAGUUGUUGAUGGAAGUAAAAGAAAACUUGCAAUUAAAUUCAUCACAAAUGAAAAGAAAAAAUGUGAUGAAGAAGCAAAUGGAUCAGCAAAUCUCUGAAAUAAUUUUACUUUGAAAUUUAUGUUAUUAUAUUAACAUGUUUUAUGUUUUGUGUGUGGUUUUAAUAAAGUUCAAAAUCUUGUAAAUAACUUCA